AUGGUCCAGUAUCGUUUCCGUCGAUUAGUUUUUGGCUUAACUUCUAGCCCUGCGAUCCUCAAUGGAACAAUUCAACAUCAUUUAUCAUUGUAUGCCUCCUCCGAGCCUGAGGUCUCGAAGCUCCUAGCUAGUUCGUUGUACGUGGAUGAUUUCCCAGGAGGAGCUACACAUGAAGAAGCAGCUUUUGGCGUUUACGAGAAAGCUAAACGUAUUAUGAGCGAAGGCGGAUUCAACCUGCGCAAAUGGCGCACUAAUUCGAAAGUUUUGAAGGAACGAAUUGAUAAGUUUGAGAAUACGGUUGCCACGAAUCAACAGAAUGUUAAUCAAGAAACGUCAGAACACAAAUCAUCGGAAGGUGAACUGUCGAAGAUCAAUCUAUUAGCGGACACAUCGCCUGAACUUAGAGCAGCUGAGAAAUUGCAAGAGAAAUCAUCAGAAGUGAAAAUUCUUGGUCUUAACUGGAAUACCGAAAGGGACUGUUUCAGUUUAGAUGUUGUACAACUUAUAGAAUAUCUGAAGUCAUUGCCACCUACAAAAAGAUCGAUAUUGAAAGCGUCCGCGAAAAUAUUUGAUCCUAUCGGACUGAUCAGCCCAAUAACGGUGAAUCUAAAGAUGUGGUUCCAGGAGCUGUGUUCCAGCAAGGUUGAAUGGGACGAGGCCCUUGAGAAAAAAUGGUUGAAAAGGUGGACUUCCCUGGUGGGCGAAGUCAGUGCACUAUCCGAGAUAAGUGUUCCGCGAUGUUAUUUCCAAAACAAUUCAGAAGGUACAGGAGAACUUCUCAGUCAUGAUAUCCAUGGAUUCAGUGAUGCAUCAGAGAAAGCAGUAGCAGCUGUGGUGUACUUGUUGUCCAAGUAUGCAAACGGAACAAUCGAUGUGCGUCUUAUCGCGUCUAAAACAAGAGUGGCACCACUGAAAAAACAAUCUAUUCCUAGAUUGGAACUCUUGGGAGCUUACCUGUUGGCAAAGUUGGUUUUCUCUAUUCGUUCUGUUCUAGAGUCCCUUGCAUUCAAAUUCGAUGUGUAUUAUUGGGUGGAUUCAUUCACUACUCUGUGCUGGAUUAAGAACAACAAACCGUGGCGUCAGUAUGUACAACAUCGGGUUAACGAGAUCAGACGGUUAUCGGCGAAGGAGAAGUGGAGAUUUUGUCCAGGAGAGUUGAACCCGGCUGACAUUCCAUCGCGAGGGUGUGCCGUAAAGGAACUAGUGAACAACAAAUCAUGGUGGAAUGGCCCAGAAUUUUUGAAGAAGAAUCCCGAAUCGUGGCCAAAGUCAGCUACGACAAAUAAUGAGCUGGCGGACAAGGAGUUGCUAAAACAUCCACCUGUUGUUACCAGCUCACUUCCUUGUGUUUCGAAGAAUGUAUCUCGUGUUGCCAACUUAGAAAAUAUUAUCGACAUCGAAAGAUACAGUACCAAGAUUAAGUUGCUCCGAGUGACUGCAAUUGUGAUGAGAUUCGUGAAAUUACUGAAACGAAAGGCGAAUGUUCCUACAAAGCAUUUAACCGGGGACGAAUUGAGGACGGCAGAAAUUGAUUGGAUUAAGUCUGUGCAAGCCUGCUCUUUCAAAACGGAACAAAAUGCAUUAAUGAAAGGCGGUACGGCUUGCUUACACCAGUUUGAACUACAGCUGAUACCAAUGGAUUAA